AUGACCCACGAAAAGGACGAAGCGCAGGGGCUGACGGGAAACUGUGACGCAGAAGAUAAAGUUCUUCUUGUCGUGAUUGGAGAGGAAGAGUUGUGCGUCAGAAAGGCGACGUUGACACGAGAGAGCGGCUACUUCUCUGCGAUGAUGUCGUCCGGGAUGAGGGAAAGUUGUGAAAACAGAGUCGAGCUGCACGGCGUGUCGCCUGACGUCUUCAAAACCAUCUUAGACUUCUUCGGUACAAGACGGAUGCGAUUUGACAAGGUAGGCCCAGAAGAGAUUCUAGAAACCGCGGUAUUUCUUCAAAUGGACGGGGUCAUGAACUACAUGCGGCGCGCUAUGAAGAUAGAGACAUGCGUGAGAUGUCUCCGCGUGGCCGAAAAGCACUACCUAGCGGACCUGGAGAAAGCUGCAUACAUGUUCAUGAGGAAGAACUACCUGGCACUCCUACAGUCCAUAGAGUACAACGGACUGACGGAGCACGAGAGAGACCAACUGGUGGCGCUGAGAUACGAGCCACAGGAGUUCAUCUGCGCGGUGGGAUCCUACAACGACGCCCGGCUGGACAACCUGGAGACGCCGCGGUCUCUCUACGUCUUCGACCACUUCGAGCAGAAGUGGGGACCGAUCUGCCCCUUCCCGCCGCCCCUCUGUACCCACGGGUGCUCCGUCGCGAUCGUCCACAACCUCCUGUUCAUCCUGGGAGGGUUCACCUCGUCCGAUCAGAAGGAACUUCAGAAGGAAGCGUUCUGUUACGAUCCGUUGUACAACACCUGGGCGCCGUUCCCGCACCCGCGCGUUCUGAGAGCCCACUGCGGAUUGGCUGGAAUAGAUGCUGCCAAUGUGCUGUAUGCGGUUGGCGGUUGCACAAUCCACAAAAAGACUAAUUCGGACGAGCACGAUUUGGUGGACCUGUGCUCGGUGGAGCAAUACAGCUUCAGGACCGGUAGAUGGCGUGACGCCCCCAGACUGCCGAGGCCAAUGCUGAACGCCAACCUGACCGCCUGCCGAGGAGCCGUCUACACAAACAUCGCUGUACCAGGAGGGGAAGUCAUCUAUAGACUCAUCCCAGGAUCACCCUGCUGGGAUGAGAUUUCUCCCAUCCCAAAGGUUCGAUUCGUCUUCAACAUGACGUCGUUUCGCCAAAACAUCUACCUCAUCUGCGGGUUCCUGAGGGAAUUUGAGAGCGACCCUCUGUGUUUCAACACUGAGACUGGCAAAUGGAGUUACCUCUUCAGGCCCCCUCUGGCGAAAAGGAGUUACGUGGACGAUCUGACUGUUUUGGACGAUAAAUACGGCUACAAACUGUAUCUAGUGAGUCAGAACUCCACGCAGUGGUGUGACCUGGGAACGAGGGAGUGGCAGUACACGGGGCUACCAGGGUACCCUGGGUCCGGGUUUACAAGAGUUCGUACACUUCAUUUGCCCAUCACUCAUUUGGUACAUCUGCGGUACUGAUAGAAAAUAAUUCAUAAAAACAAUAUAUUUCAUCGACAUCAUGGUAUGGAGUGAAAUA